AUGAAGAAAUGUACUUUCUUCGUGUGGGACGAGCCUUGCCAACGGGCCUUUGAAGAGAUCAAGGAUUAUCUCUCAAACCCACCUGUUCUGGCAGCUUCAAUCUUAGGAAAGCCAUUCCUCAUCUACAUCAGGGCUAUGGAGCAUUCUCUAGGCGCCCUCUUGGCACAAAAUGACGACGCUGGCCACGAGCAGGGCAUCUACUACUUAAGUAGAACCCUACAAGGUGCCGAACAGCGAUACCCGAUGGUCGAAAAGGAAUGUUUGGCCUUAGUAUUCGCCAUCCAAAAGAUGCGGCACUACUUGGUUAGCCAGACCAUCCACGUCAUUUCCCGGAUAAACCCCAUCCGAGUUUUUAUGAUGCAGCCCGCAGCUUUAAACUGGCGUUUGGCCAGGUGGGCACUCCUAUUGUCUCAGUAUGACAUUCACUUCAUGUCACAGAAGUUAGUCAAAGGACAGGCUAUCUGUGAUCUUAUGGCUAGUCAUCUGCUAGGGGCGAAGACUGACAUAUUUGAAGAUUUGCCAGAUGAACCCCCUGAGGUCAACACAACUUCUUCGCCAGAGGUUUGGCAGAUGUUCUUUGACAGCGCGUCUCGCGUUGGCACAAGUGGAUCCAUUGUUGCAGGAGUGGGGGUGGUCCUCACUUCCCCGCAUAACCACGUAUUACCUCGAGCCUUCUCUCUAACAGAGCCAUGCACCAAUAAUGUGGUUGAAUACAACGCGCUACUCAUUGGACUCGAGUUAGCAAGAGAGUUAGGGAUAAGACAUCUCGAAGCCUACGGUGAAUCUCAGCUAAUUGUCAAACAGAUGACGGGCGAGUACGAAGUAAGGAAUGACGAUCUAAUCCCGCUUCACCAAGCAGCUACCAAGCUAGUGGAGUCAUUCGAGAGCUUCUGCAUUGAGCAUGUGCUCCGUUCCAAGAACACGUAUGCGGACGCCCUCUCAUCCUUGGCAGCUAACUUGGCCCAGCCACUAGAGACGACUCAAUGGGUCACCGUGGCAAGCAGAAGGCUCUUUUGA